ACCAUUCCUGGUAGCCUCUUGGUAGUGCAGGCGGCGGGCUCUCAGUCUGCCCCGGACCGUGCGAGUGGCCGCUGUACCUCGGGCUCCUCAUGCAAGCGAACUCUGAUAUAUCUGAUUUAUUGCACAAACCUCGAGCAGAACUUGUCUCAAACGUGACACACAUAUAAGAUGAGUUAACAACUGGUAAACAUGGAUGAAAUUAGUAUGAUGGUGAUUGUGUGGGCGUGUUAAUGGACUCGAAGUGCUUGCGGGUGGUUGGGCUUUGACUCUUUGGUCCCGCCUCUCAAACUGUCAACUGGUGUACCGAUUCCUGAGCCUACUGGGCUUUUAUGAUGUGUGUGUUUCCAAGAUGUAGUGCAAGUGUUGGUCAAGACGGGAGGAAGAGUGGAGUGUCUAGCGUGAAGGGUUGGUGUGAGGUGCCGUCUCACUCGCCACCUAGCCAUGCCGCACCUCCUCCCUCAUCACCAGUGUUGUGAAUCGAGGCUCCAAGAGGACUUGGUGAAAUGUCUCCAUUCUCACCAGUGAGGAUUCGGCCAGCAGUAAUGGAUAUAGUCACCAGAAGCAACUGUUUACCCAAUUUAUUACCUAGUAGAAAAUAGCACAUUUACUAUGGAGAAAAAUAAUAGUGACGUCAUUGGAAUUUUGAAAUCAAAUAUUGGAAAGUGUCGGUGAUGAAAUGUUGAAAAGGAAAAAGCGCUACGACUUCAUUUAUUAUUAUAUCAGUAUGGCCAGCUGGUAUCCCGACAUAGAAAUGGAGGAAACGGGUGUGGGUGGACGAGGAAGAGGAAAUGGCAAUAAUGGUACUGGGGCUCGGGGUUGUAUCCGCACCCGCCAUUAUACCGGUGCUUCUUACAGAGACAGUGGUGAAAUUAAGUUCUGCAUAUCCGAAUACAAAAGUGAUGCAUUUCAGAUGAUGUUGCUAAUGAAAAGCAAUCAGAUGUUGACCGAUGUUAAACUUGAAGUUGGUAGAGAAAUCUUCCAUGGACACAAAAUUGUGCUUGCAGCUGCCAGCCCUUAUUUCAAGGCCAUGUUCACCGGUGGACUACGGGAAUGUGAAAUGGAUACGGUAAAGCUACAGGGAGUGUGUCCCACCGUCCUGGCUCACCUUCUGUGCUUUAUGUACACUGGUGAGAUUGUCAUCAAUGAGAUGCUCGUGUGUCAGCUUCUUCCUGCAGCCACUAUGCUCCAGAUGAAUCACGUAAUUGAUGCAUGUUGCACAUUCCUGGAGCAGCAACUAGAAGCUGGAAAUGCUAUUGGUAUUGCAAGCUUUGCUCAUCAACAUGGUUGCUUGGAUUUGUAUCGCAAGGCCAAUACGUUCAUAGAGCAGCAUUUCUCAGAAGUUUCAAUGGAGGAAGAAUUUUUGCAAUUAUCUAGCUGCCAGUUAGUGGAUCUUAUACAACGAGAUGAACUUAAUGUACCUGAUGAAAAGGAUGUUUAUAAUGCUGUUCUAAAGUGGGUUAUGCACGAUGAAGAUAACAGACAAUCUAAAAUGGAACUUAUUCUGCAGGCUGUCAGGUGCCAAUACUUAUCUCCACGAUUCUUGACCGAGCAGAUGAAAAAUUGCAAGUUAUUAAUGAAUGCUCCUGCUUGUAGAGAGUAUCUAGCAAAAAUUUUUCAAGACUUGACGUUGCACAAACCCCCUUGCCAAAAAGAACGAACCCCUAAUGCGCCCUGUGUCAUUUAUCUUGUUGGCGGGUACUCUAACCGCCAGAGUUUGGACACUCUAGAGUGCUACGACGUGGAAGAAUGUCAAUGGACACAACUUUCUAGAUUACCUGUUGCAAGAUCAGGCUUAGGAGCAGCAUAUCUACGUGGAAUAUUUUAUGCAGUGGGGGGAAGAAACAUCCUGUCCAAUGGUAAUUUCCACGACAGCAACUGGGUAGACUCCUUUAACCCCAUAACGAACACAUGGAAACAGAGAGCUCGGAUGCAUUUCCCACGCAAUAGACUUGGAGUGGCAGUGUUAGAUGGUCAGCUGUAUGCUGUUGGUGGGUCAAAUGGUGCCGCCUUUCAUAAUACGGUUGAAAAGUACGAACCAGACGAUGAUCAGUGGACCUUAGUACAAUCUAUGUCCAAGGCAAGAAUGGGUGUAGGUGUUGCAGUAGUAAACAGACUAAUGUAUGCUGUUGGUGGUUACAAUGGUGAAAACAGGUUGAACUCCGUGGAGUGCUACCAUCCUGAAAACAAUCAGUGGACAUUUGUGUCGCCUAUAAAAAUUCCAAGAAGUGGUGCUGGUGUGUGCGCUGUUGGAAAUAAUAUAUACGUGAUUGGGGGUUAUGAUGGGCAGCAUCAGCUGUGCUCGGUUGAAAAAUAUGAUACGGAAGCGGACACCUGGUCAUCUGUGGCUCCCAUCAAAAUCCCCCGCUCUGCCAUGACUGUGUCUGUUUGGGAUGGAAAGAUCUUUGUGAUGGGAGGUUAUGAUGGUGGCCAGUUCCUCUCAUCGGUGGAGAUCUAUGACUUCCGUCGGAAUGAAUGGUCAGAAUGUAAGCCCCUGCCAUGGGGCAGAUCAGGUCAUGCUUCUGCCUCGUCAUUUCACCCUUGUCUCUUGCACUCUGAUGCAAGAUAGCAAAGGCUCUAUAGUUUUAGAGAAAUAUAUCAGAGAAUCCAUGAUUCUGCCAUGAGGCAGGAUGCUUUCUGAUCUUCAGUCACCAUGCUGCAAGGUUUUUCAUAUUACACUGAGAGUUCUUCUAUUCCAACUUUUGAUAUUAGAUUUGUCUGAAAAUUAGUUUAUGAAGUUGAUUAUUACCUUUAUUAUAAGCCAUUUGUUUAAGAAUAUUUUCCAUUUCUUGGUUUUGUUUUCAAUACAUUAAUGCCAAAUUAGUGAUCAUAAAUUUAUACAGUUGGUUAGGUGCAAUUUACAUCAAUGAUUCGACAAACAUUUUUUUGUUUUUAACUAAGAUUAUUACUAAUGUUAAAGAAUCAUUAGAGAGUACUGUAUGUGAUAAUACAUUAAUUGCAUUAUUACGUAAAGCAUUAGUAUUGCUGUUUAUUGAUCUCAAAUAUUUUAAGUUUAUUUAUGUUUAUUAAUGAGUGCUUCUCGCAAAAUUAUGAAGAAUUCAACUUACAUUGUUUCAUAUGGUUUUCUCUCAGUUAGAAGAUAUACUUUCCUUUGAAACAAGGUUGAACAAAAUCUCUUCCCCCCCCCCCCCACCUCCACCAAGCUGUUUUGGCUAUAAGGCCUUAAUGUUCAGUUCAUAGUAGCCAAAUGUUAUUUAUCGUAUACAGUAUUGGCAAAUUAAGCCCCCUUUUAGUAACAUGUUUUUAAAGUUAUUGCAGUUAAAGAACCCAUUUUCAUUUUCCAAAAUUAAUAUUUUGUUUUUAAGGCUGUGACUGGAGUAGUAUUUCUUCUUACUUUUACUGUGUAACUCACUUGUAUACUCAGGUCAUACAUGCAUAUAUUAAACUGUGAUGACAUUUUAUUUAACACUGCACUACACAGACAAAUCACAUUAUCGUGAUACAUCAAUCAACAGAAAAAGAAGUCCACUACGGGCUCACCAUAGCCCGUGCUACUUGGAAGUUUUUGUACCAGGUAGCGAAUUUUAAACAACAAAAAAUCCACAGGAGCCGUGAUGAGGGUUCGGACCUAUGUGCUGUGUGUUCCCACAUGCAUGCUCUAGUCAACUGCGCCACAACAUGGUAAAAGAAUUGCAACCUGGAGUACUACUGCACCCACUAGUAUUCCCGAGGCUUCCACUGAAGCCGAACCAGGGUUUCACGCAAUUCCCCCCCAUGCACUCUGGUUCUGUCAAGUAAUUCUACCUCUGACGCCCCCCUUUCAAUACAGACUAUUGAAAGAGGAGCGUCAGAGUUAGAACUACUGGACGACAGAGCCUGAGUGCAUGGGGGAAUUUUGUGAAACCCUGGUUCGGCUUCAGUGUAAGCCUCGGGAAUCUUGUGGGUUCAGUAGUGCCCCAGGUUGCAAUUCUUUUGACAAAUGUUGUGACAGUUGAGUAGAGCGUGCAUCUGGGAACACAGCACAUAGGUUCAUACCCUCAUCACAGCUGUGGAUUUGUUCUUUAAUACUGCAAUUAACCCUGGUUUAGUGGUCUAUCAUGAGUAUUCGUGUGCACUGGGCUAGCAUAUUGGGGUUUAUCUGAUUAUUACAAUUUAAGAAAUAGCCAUCAUACCUCCACUUACUAACAGUAAUCCAUUUUUCCCAAUGUUAAAAUCUAAAAAUUUUCUCCUGUAAGGUACUCCAUAUUGCCAUGAAUAUAUGAUGUAGGACUCACAUUUGAGGAUAAUUUUACUUAAACAAACCUUUUGGCAAAAUAAAUGUGUAAUUCCGACUUAAACUGUAUGAGCAAUUAAAAUUUAAAAGUGCGGAGACAUGUUCUAAGACCUAAAUUUGUGAGAAAUAUUGUUAUCCAGUAGUUUAUGCAAUUAACAUUGGGGGUCUGGCCUAUCCGUACAUUUCCAAGUGUAAACGUUCUGGGAGACCUGCACUCAGGGAGGGUGCUCAGUGAAAGUUUUUUUUUUUUUAAUAAUUGUUUCAAGUUCUCAAUUAUUUGUUGGGUUAUAGCUAUACAUUUGGUGUCAAAAUGUUUGCAAAUAAUUUGCCUUGGAUAAUAUGAAAAAAAAAGCAUUUAUAAUAGUUUACAUAAUUCUGUGUUCCCAAAUGUUGGGAUGCAAUUGCAUCCCAACAUUUGGGAUGUAAUUAGAUGCGUUUUAGCAUCAUCGGAAAGCAAAAGUUAAUUUUAUAAUCUACAAAUUUGUUGUUAAAUCAUAAAUUUAGGUCCUACUAGUGAUUAACACUAGCAUUCGUUAACACGCUUUAGCAUUGCACAGUGAAACGUGGUGUAUCUGAGAAAAUCGGUAAGAGCCGUGAGGAUGAUUCGAACCUGCACACUGGGUACUCCCAAGCACAUGCCCAUGUGCGUGGGAGUGCCAGGUAUGCAGGUUCAAAUCCUCGUGGCUCCUACCAAUUUUCUCAUUUUGCAUUAUUGGUGAUUUACAGUAUCAUUGGAAUGUUUAUGGCAUGUCAUCUCAUCUUUGAAUUUCCGCAAAAUAUUUCCUUACCUUUGAAAAUUUUGGGCACAAAUAGGUCUUAAUUGUUUAAUAGACUAUCCAGCUACAACAUUAAAGUGUUAUUGGUAAUCCUUUGAAGUACAUUUUAGUCUGUCCUAAGUUGAACAUUGCUAGAAAAAAAAUUACAAUCAUUAUAUAUAAUAUAUAUAUAUAUUAUAAGCUCUUUCUCUCCCUCCUUUAGGCCAUUCUUUACAAAGCCUCAGUACAUCAUACAGUACCAUUCUUUAAAUUCACUUUGUUUCUUAAAUUACAAGAUCUUUACUUUUAUUUCAUUUUCAUUUAUAUAAAAUAUAUAUCAUUAAAUAAGGUCAACAAACUUCACUAAACAAAAAUUCCUUGGCACUGUUAAGUACAGUGUACAUUUGCUUUUCUUGGUUUUACAUCUGGUUAAAUAUUGUAUCAUUUCUGCCAUUAUUACCUUUUGUGUGCUAAAAGGUUUCCUUUUUGUAUAUUUUCCCUUUUUGCACUUUAUUGCAGUACUGUAUGUAAAAGUUUAUUUUAUUUUAAACUCAUUUGUGCCUUGAACUUUGAAUUUAAUUAACUCCCUUAAGUUUUCUAAUUUUAAAUUUGCAGCAUUUACAUCAAAAAGCUAAUAGACGUAACAAAAAUACUGUACUGUACAGUAAGUGGCAGACUUUAAAAACUGAUCUUUUCUGAAAAGCUUAGUUUUGCUUUAGGGGAGAAAAUAAUGCUAAACAAUGACAGGUUAUGCUUCUGACCUUUGUACAGUAAGUUUUAAGUAUAUUAUCUGUGAUAUGUGAAGUUUCUAUGAUACUUCACUUAUUUAGCAUUUUUAUAAAAUGCACGUUAUCUAGAAGCACCUUUACUGAUCGAAAAGUGUAUACUGUAUAUAUAUAUAUAUAUUAGGUGCAUGUGUGUGAUGGGUCUUUUGCUUUUAUAUUAAAUUUUUUACCACAGUAUAUUCAUAUGCUGUUUUUUUUUCUUAUGUCUGACAGUUUCGAUGGAAGUUCAUCUUGCCUGGUAAUAAAAGAUGAACACAAUAACAGCUGCUAGACUGAAUAUUUUGUAAAGUGCCAUUUUGUAAACAUUUCAUCAUAUUUGGUCAAAUUCAUGGCUUCGAUUCUAUUUUUGUUAAUUAUACAUAAAAGGCCACUUCGUGUCACAACUUUAAGAAAAAUGUGAUUUAGUGUGCAUUUUGAAUCUGUUAGUUAUGCAUUAACUUAAUUUUUGUAUUGAUAAAUUUAUUUUUUGUAUUGAUAAAUUUAUUAAUCCUGAAAUUAGUGUUUUACAUCGCAUUUGUAUAAUUUAGAACACUAGUAUACAAUACUGUAUUUCUAUUCUGUAUACAUACACACUUUUUUUAUACCAGAUUUGUUGAUUGGACUAUUAAUAUCAUUUGAAAGAUAUCAAAUUUUACUUUACCAGUUUACAAAAGCUCACAAGAAUAAUAGUGCUCAGUUAUGUUACACAAUAGAUAUUGACAGACUUAUCAAAGGGAAUAUGCAAAAGCGUUUUAAGUAGAUUGUCAUACAAGUGUGUACUAAAGAAUUUGUGACAUCGAAAUCCAGACAGGAAAGUAGGUGCUGAAGCAUUAAUAUUAUCUAUGUAUAUAAAACAUUGUAUACAAAUUGAAAAUUUUAUGCUCCUAGACAGUAUUAAGAGGGUAAUCUUCCUUAAGAAUAUUUCUAGUCUGUAUGCAAAUGAUGUGACAGACACUGUUUGCAGCAUCAAGAAAACUAAUACCAAGAUAGUGACAUACUGAGGUAGAUUUUUUUUUUUUAUAGAAAUAUGCACCAGCUGAGAAAUUGUAUGGAAUCUUUACUUUUUGGUUAAAUGCUAAAUAUGUAUAUAAUCUUUAUACAAGUUUUAAACAUUCUGAAAAUGAAAGUUUUUGAAACUUGUGAAUACUUUUUAUGUGUAGUUUACAUUUUGAUAAAUAAUCUCAAUCAUAAUCAGGUUCCUUAAACUCAAAUCUGAUUUGUAUUUAUAAAAAUAAAUUGACUUAAUAAUG